GCCUUGUACCAUGUGACCUCUGUGAUCAUUCACAGAUUUCACUAGUAGUAAGCAAUGAUGUCAGUAAGUGACAUCUUGCUUACUGCUAUUCAUGUGAUCACAGAUUGGCCAAUCAGUGGUCACAUGAUUUGGACCUCACACAGAGGUCCCGUACAGCGAUCGGGGCACCGAAUCGGAGCGCACACAGGCUGUAAAUGCGGGCGCCGUUUAUGAAAGGCAACCAGCUCCUGCACUGCUCCCAUCCGGCCAUUUAUGUACAUGGGCCGGACGGGAAGAGGUUAA